AAGAAACAGUAACAGGUGGAGUGAUUCUUGCAGAUAUUGGAUAUUUAAACAGCAGAAAAUCGCUCGAGCUGGUACUGAUGGGUAUAAUCAGGAGUUGCUUCUCAUUCAUAGCAGGGACAGUCUAUGGCAUUUAUGUGGCUCAAAAUUAUCAAAUUCCUAACAUUACCAAGCUAAUUGACACUACCUUGCACAAGGCAAAGCAAGUUGAGGAAACAUAUCGCAAGCCUAAGAAGAAGGAUUCUGAUGAUGAUAACUACGAUUAGUUCCCCUAUA